UCAGUCCGCCGAUAAACCCACCAAAGAAAGCAAGCGCUCCAUCGCGUGUGUUUGUUUGUGUUGUUUUCUCUUCUGUGUUUCACUGAGUGUAAAGAGAGUCUUAUCUCUGUGUAUUUAAGUGUUAACAAGUUGAUGUUGAGAUGGAUGUGAAUCGUCAGUGUAUGUGACUCUCGGGGGCUCCACAGAAUGUCUGGAUUCAGUGUGGAUGAGCAGAGAUCACAGCCACACACCGCAGUCAGUGCUGGACUCUAAACUCUCUGAAGAGAAAUCCAGACACACACAGGACUCGGAGCUCAGUCUGACUUUACUCUGUUAUACUGAGUCAAAACCCACAGACUCUCAGGACACCACAGUGUGUGACAGUAAACAGAGCUUACAGGAGGAUCAAACCUCCACAGAGUCUCUGGAUUCUGUCUGUAACGCUGGAGAACAACAACAGAUCCUGAAGAUGUGUUCAGUCAAACUCAUCGACCCCAGGAACUUGAUGAUGGAGAUUAAAACUGAACCCACAGAAAUCAAAACUGAACCCACAGAAAUCAAAACUGAACCCACAGAAGAGGAAGAUCGCAGUGAGAAAGAUGAUGCUUUUAUUUUGUCAGAUGUGAAGAGUGAAUCAUGUUUGGGUGGAGAAAUAACAUCCUCGACUCUUUCCUGCAUCACCGGUGGAGAGACAUUGAGCUCACAGAGACAUGAGAGCGUAAACACAGAUCAGAAACUCUUCACUUGCACCAGAUCUGAGAUCAGCUUUACUACCUUACAAGAUAAGAAACUUCAUUCAGAAGAGCACGGAGAGAAGAAGAAGAAGCAGUUUCAAUGUGAGCAUUGUGGGAAGAUUUCUGGCUCUUCCUUUAAUCUAAAAGUUCACAUGAGGACACACACUGGUGAAAAGCCUUUCUGCUGCACUGAAUGUGGAAAAUACUUCAGCACCAAAGAAAAUCUUAAUACUCAUAAGAGAAUUCACACAGGAGAAAAACCAUACAAGUGUCCAUACUGUGAGAAGAGAUUUACCCAUAACCAAUGUCUUAAGACGCACGUGUUUAUACACACCAAUGAAAAACCAUAUCCGUGCAGUGAAUGUGACAAAGCCUUUAGGGAUUCAGGUUCGUUAAAAUCACACCUUAAUAUUCAUUUUAAAGAGAAAUCCUAUCAAUGUUCACACUGUGAUACACGUUUCUGUCAUGAAUAUCAGCUGAUAGUCCAUGAGAGAGUUCACACUGGAGAAACAUCUCAUCACUGUAGUGUUUGUGGGAAGAGUUUUGAUAAUCAUGAACAUUUAGUGGCACACCAGAGAAUUCAUACAUGUGAAAAACCUUACAAAUGCUUUCAGUGUGACAAGAGGUUUACCCAUUUAGGUAACUUAAAAGCCCAUCAGAGAGUCCAUACAGGAGAGAAACCUUAUCAUUGUAGUGUUUGUGGAAAGAGUUUUAGUCAGCAGUCACACUUCAUAAAGCACCAGAGACGUCAUACAGGUGAAAAACCAUUUAAAUGCUCUCAGUGUGACAGGAUGUUUGCUCACUCAGAUUACUUAAAAGUCCAUCAGAGAGUUCAUACUGGAGAGAAACCUUAUCACUGUAGUGUUUGUGGAAAGAGUUUUAGUCAACCGUCAAACUUUCUAAAGCACCAGAAAAUUCAUACAAGUGAAAAGCCUUUGAAAAUCAUCACAGUGUAACAAGACAUUUGCUCAGUCGGGUUAAAGGCCCAUCAGAGAGUUCAUACUGGAGAGCAACCUUACGUCUGCAUUCCAGGAUUUUUCUCUAUAUAGUGGACUUUAUUGGACCUCAACAGUUCAACACAGAUUCAAAGGGCUUUUAACGAUCCCAACUGAGGAAAUAAGGGUUUUAUAUAGCGAAAUGAUAACAUAAUACGCAAAGUGAAAUAGUGCUGAAAUGUCUUACAAAAGUAAAAAAACAACAGUACUAUACAUAUAAAAAUAUAUUACUUAAUAACUAUUGUAGUCAAUACUUCUCUGAAAAACUCCCACUGGUAAAUUGAAACUACAUAAAUGUAUAUUAUGUGUAGUCUUUUACUUAAUUUGCUUUUGUUUUAACAUUUUAAUGAUUAUCUAAUCAAAUAACAAAAUAUGUUUUGCAGUAAUGAUAAAAGAGAAUUGAUUUCAGAUUUUUUUCAUUUGAAUAUGUUAACGUAGCCGACAGCUGCAUAUGGUUCGCUUUCUCUCAUUAUUAACUUAAAAUAUGGAUAAAUUAUGGAUAACAUAACCGGCUGAAUAUAAACCAAUGCAAAUCUGUGGUAUAAUCAUGACAUGGCAUCUCUUGGGCAAAUUCAUUUACUUACAAUGAUAUGAAGCAAAAUACGCAAACUCUGAAAAACUAUUGGUAUGCAUUUUUUGCAUACCAAUAAAUCGGUAAAUACCAAUAAUAAAUCGAUAAAUCGGUUUAUUAUAAAACGGGCAGUUCUGGUUCUUCAUUCUGAUUGGUUGAAACGCGUUCUAAGCCGUGAUAAAAUACACCGGUAACCUCACGGUUCAGACCACAUUACAUAAGUAUCACUGCGCCCCUGUUGCUGCGUAUUGAUUUAUGAAAAUAAACACCACAGUCUUUAAUCAUAUUUUUAAUUUGUCUACAAUUGCACAAUUAUGGCGAUAUCCAGAUAAAUGUCAAUAAAUAUUGUUGAGUCAUCUCGUCGAUAAAGAGAAAACGUUGUCUGAUGAGUUUCUAACUCAAGUUCAUACGUCCGCUAUUAUCCACUGGGUGGCGAUCUUACCCAACUUAAACACUGACGCAUUCACACUCAACACGUGUAAGUUUUGAUGGCUUUGAAUCUGAUCUCUUACACAAGUUCUUCACAAAAAUGUAAUUUUCGCCGCUUUUAGCUAAAAAAUCUGACAGGUGAUAAGAGAACAAAUGAAGGUAGGAUGAAACGUUUUUUUGUUUCUUUUUGUUUGAAAGCGGAUGCUCUGUUCUUUCAUUUUAUAUUUUAUGUUUAUUUAAAGAAGAUAAUUUUUCUGAAAGGCAUUAAACUAAAACGCUGACGGGGAAAGAGUUCAGCAUGCUUCCAAGCAUAUUUGAUCAUCACUUCAACAGUUGCACAAUAUAAAUGUUAAUGUAUAAAUUAAAUUAGAUGAAAUGUUGAUUUAUAAAAUAAACAACACAGUCUUAAAUCA